CUAAUUCCAAAAUGUGCCAAGACUGAGAAAUGCUGUUUUGCUGCUUCUGCUAAACCAUACAUUCUCAGCAACUGUAAGUUCCUUUCUAUUUUGUUUUAGACAGUAAAAUUAGUUUUGAUAUUUUAUUGGUUUUGUUUUUGAGAAUUAAAUAUUAAGUGAAUACUGUGCAUUAUAUAUUCAUUGAUUAUGUGAUUGUGAUUGAACUGGUUUUCUGCUCCACACUUGUAAAGGAAAUAAGGUUCACUGAGCCUUAAAAUAAUGGUAUAAACUAUUUUCUUUAAUGUAUCCAAAUGAAUUAAUGGUAAAAAAAACACUUAACUAUCAUUUUUUCGAGAGUUUCACACUCCAACUAUUAGUUGUUUUCUUUUCCUACCUGAAUUAUCACCAUUUAUAUAUUAAAACAGAGGGGAUCUUAGUAGCUCAGUUGUUUAGCUACCUGAACUUUUACCUUGUUGAUGAGGGUUCGAUUCUCAUCUCGUAAUCUCCUCUCUCAUUUCUCCUUCCCCACCCCCAAUGUAAUUAAAGAAAGUUAAAAAUUAAAAAAACAAUAUGUAUAUUAAAGCACACCUCAACUAUCAGCUGAUCUAUUUUCCUACCUGAUAGGGUUUAGGGUUUUCAGGUAGGAGGUAGGAAAAGGGAACAGGUAAUAGUUGAAAUGUGUUUUCAACUUUUCAUACAUAGAUGGUGAUAGUUCAGAUAAGAAAAGGGAACAACCGAUAGUUGGGGUGUGAAACUCGUGGAAAAACCAUAGUUCGGGUGUGUGUUUUUCCUAAGAUUCUCAUGUCUGUCAUGUAUAAAGGACAGCCUGAUGCACAAAGCAUCACGCGUUCACGUCAGUACGGGGAAGAGCCACACCCUGAAGGGGUGGGAUGUAGCCCGAUGCACAGAGCAUCUUCGCUAGGUUCUAUAAUUAUUUGAAGUAUCACUUAGUAAUGUUAAAUGUGACAUUAUUUUCAGUUCCCAUUGUUUUCAAUUGCUGACUUUCCCAGCAAUUUGAGAGUUUUCAAAUUGUGGGCUUAAAGCCACUAAGAUUAUAUGGGCCAUGCAAAUUUGAUGUCAUAUAUCUAGCCAAAAUCUCGAAACAGCUAGUAAUUAAGCUAAUUGCAUCAGUUAUAAUGACCUGUUACUGGGAAGGUCUUUUUAUUCUGUAGCAAUGAUCAAUCUCAUUUCAUAUGUUUUUUCGAAGCAACAGGUAAUUUAAUUCUCGUUGCUGUUUCUUCAUUUUAUUCAAGAAGUAUUGAUGGAAGGUGUUCUUGGCGUAAAAAAUGCAAGUCAUACAUCCUUGCUUUUCUUCUUGCAAUUGUGGUGUAUUGAUUUGACGACGUGAUUAGUUAUCUUUUGUAUUUUUUUCCUACUUUCUCCAGAUUCUUUUUGGUGAUUGUUGUUGACUGAUGCCUCCUACGGGCAAAAAAAAUCAUUGCCCCAAUGUUCUCAGCAACCUUCCUGAGGAUGUAAUCAAUGCCAUUCUGAUGUUUUUACCUUUACAAGAUGCUGUCCGGACAAGCAUUUUAUCAAAGAAAUGGAGGUACAACUGGUGCAGACUCCAGGCAUUGACUCUUGAUCGUAGUCUUUGGAAAUCAGAAAAGGAUAAAGAAUAUCCUACAACUAAAUUGAUGAAGCAUCUGACUCUCCAAUAUUGUUUAAUACUUCCUCCACCUGACUUCACAGGAUUUGAUAGGUUAAUUAGGCUGGAACUAUACAACGUCACAAUUUCUUCCAAAUCUCUUGAAAGUUUAAUCGGUCAUGCCCAGUUUCUCGAGCAUUUGGCGCUGGUUAAUGCUCCGGUCUUAGAUAUUUCAGAUCACAUUCAAAUUAAUACUCCCAAGCUGAGAUUCUUAGACUAUACAAGCAGUAUAAGAUCUAUUUCUUUAGUAAAUGUCCCUCUUCUUGAGAAACUUUUUUUGACAAGUGACGAACCUUCAGAGAACUCAAGAAUAUGCGAUAUUGCCACAUUUUUCGAAUCUUGCAAUUCUCUCGAGCAUCUCGACUUGAGUUCCGAUAAUAUCAAGGUCUUCGCUGAAGGUGGCGUACCAAAGAGGCUUCCCUUUGAUCUUAUCUGUGUGAAACGGCUAUGCCUAUGUAUUGGUUUUGAUGAAGUAGAUGUGGUCUUGUGUGGACUUUGCUUGCUAAGAAGCUUCCCAUAAUUACAAUAUCUGGAAAUUGAGGUGAAAUAUUGUUGUGUUGAUGUUCCCGCUCUAGAAUGUCUAGAAGUGGAAGGUUGCUCAGACUUGACUUUUCCUCACCUCAUAGAAGUUAAGCUAUUCGUAAUAGGCUCAAUCCCAGAGAUGCAGUUUAUCAAGCUUCUUUUAUCCAAGUCUCAGGUGCUGAAGAGAAUGCUAAUCGAGUCCUGGAUAGAAGAUAUAUGGAGAAUAGACAAAAGACUUGAUGAGCUUGCAAAUUGUUGGCGUGCAUCACCUGAAGCAGAAGUUGUCUUUGACCUUAAUAAGGUUCCAUAUAACAAUCCUGUUUGAUCUUCUGGACUCUUUAGUCAGAUCACCAUGAUCAUCUUAAGCUGAGAUCUUUUGAAAGUUGAAGUGAAUAGAGAGAAACAAGUGUUGAUACAGUAGAUACUGGUUGAUGGUGGAGGUGGUGAACCACUAGAGCAAGCCUCACUUGUCACAUACUAUAGAUAAGUGAAUCUUGAUUAUUGAUGUUUUGGCUAGUCUGUUUUGUAAUAACUUUGUCUUUACGAGGUAACCUUUCUACAUUACUUAACUGUUGUUGAAAGAACUAUGAAACGAGACUUUGGUUGUUGAUUUCAAAGUUAUGAUGUGGGUUGUGAUUUUAUUGCUGUCUAUUACGCCCUGGCUUA